AUGUAUAAAGAAUAUUGGUAUGUUUUAAUUCCAGUUCAUUUAAUAACUUCAUCGAUUUGGUUUGGUGGUUUUUAUUACUUAGCAGCAAGCGGUAUAGAUAUUCCUGCACUUUUAGAAUCGAUGGGAGCUCCAGAUUCAUGGGUACAAAAUUUAAAAAAUUCAAAAGCUGGAAAUUUAGUUCUUGCCUAUACACUGUAUAAAGUUGUUACACCAGUCAGAUACACAAUAACAGUAGGAGGGACAACGAUAUCGAUAAAUUACUUAAAGAAAUAUGGUUUGGUCAAACCGGUUCCGAACAGGGAGCAAAUAAAGAAAAUGUAUCAACAGCAGAAAGGUGCAUUCAAGGAUUUUACAACGAGUAAAAUGCAAGUAACUAAAGAUGAAUUUUUGAAAAAUGCAACUGAUGAAUUGCAUAAGUCUUUGUACGAGACAAGAUCGGAAUUUUCAAAUUUUACUAAAACGGUCAAAGAGGAACACGCUCCACUAGUUAGAGCUUUAAAAAAAACAUUUAAUUCUGUUAUUGGGAAAAAAUGA